AUGACCACACAACUUCAUCUAUUUGUCAAGCAAUUGCCAGCCAGUGAAGAAGACCCAGCUGAAAUUUUCAUCAAAUCUCAGAAUACAACUUCAAGUGAAUUUGAAAAAGUCUUUUCGGACACAACGGGUGAAGUAGAAAAGGAAUUAGUACUUGAUCUUCCCCAGCCAACCAUUGCACGAGCACACAAGAUUGAAAUUAAGGUUGUGUUACCAGAAGUUGGAUUUGAAAAAGUAUUACCAGCAUUUAAUUUGACAGAUGAUGGAUGUUAUAUUUUGCUUGAUUGUUCCCAAGGAUUGAGAUACAAACAAAAACACACAUCAAAAUUUGAUUAA